UUGUAUACUUCGUCAUGGCCUGUGCAGAGGCAGCGCUGGUAUUGAAUGCUCUGGCCGUUCUGCUCAUUUGGGUUUGCUAUAAUACCACUUUCCUCGUAGCAUUCUUUAAUGUCUACAAAAAAGGCCUGGCAUGCAUGUGUUGCCCAGCAGAAAUCUGUAGCCGGGCUACUCCCUGGCGAUGAUGUUGUGGUCGGUUCUGGUAGCUCCGUGGCUCGCGAUGUCGUCGAUGUAGGAGCGGGUACUUGAGGAUUACCUCCUGGACCUAUUCCUGGCGCGGGAAUCGACGAUGGUGUAAUGUCC